UGUUUGUGUCCUGUUAUUUUUAUCUCUGCGUACUCUGUUCUCCUCUUUCCACUCUCCCUUUUUCUACUUCCAUGGAGCUCGUCGUGGGCACCGCUCUACACCUCCGUCUCUCCUCUCGCCCUUCCCUCCUUGUCGAUUCCAAGAUUUUUGCCCCCACAAUGUCGUCUUCCAAUCUCUCCUCCUCUUCCCGCCAUUUCUUCCCGCGCUUCUCCGCCGAUUCAUCUCGAAAUCCGAGCCGGCUCGCCGUCUUCGCCGGCGCCGUCGACGUCGAUAAGGCCGAGAGAAAUCGGUUCCCCGCCGACGUCCGGGUCACGGAAACCCGGGAGCCUCACUCCACCGUCAGAUUGAACGUGGAGGUUCCACCAGCCGUAUGUCAGGAGUGCUACAGAAAGGCUUUAGAUGAGUUUUCCAAGCGGCUGAAGGUUCCUGGAUUUCGCCCGGGCAAGAAAAUUCCGGAAAAUAUACUUGUCAACUAUGUCGGGCGUGAAAGUGUACAGCAGGCUGCGAUCGAAGCCGUUCUAAAGAGAACCCUUCCUCGAGCAAUGUCCUCGGUAGAGGGAAGAGCUCUGAAAGAUUCUGUACGCAUUGCAACUAAGUUUGCUGAGAUGACUGAGACCUUCUCUCUUCAAGAUGUGUUUAGAUACGACGUGGUGGUCGACGUGGCUCCUCAGGUCGCAUGGUUAUUGGAAGACAAAUACAAGAACUUGAAGAUUGUUGUUGAGAUCGACGAUAUUAUUAACGCUCAAAGUGCUUCUGAGAAAGAGCUUAGACGUCGUCAUAAGGGUCUUGGAUCACUGCGAAUUGUGACUGACAGAGGCUUGCAGGUUGGCGAUCUUGUUGUCCUCGAUAUAUUUGCAGAAAAUAUUGACUAUGCGGAAUCUAGAGGUGAAAAAAUUCCAUCUGCUGAGAGAAAAGGUUUUUAUUUGGACACAGAAGAAAUCAAUAACCUACUUCCUGGAUUUCUUGGUUCAAUAAUUGGAAUCCGACAAGGCGAAACAAGGUCUUUUCCUCUUCAAUUUCCAGAAUCAUGGGAACAAGAAAAUCUCCGAGGUGUUCGCGCACAAUUUACAGUUGAAUGUAAGGAACUCUUUUAUAGAGACUUGCCAGAACUGGACGACUCCCUUGCUGGAAAGCUUCUACCUGGUUGCAGUACCUUGAAUGAGGUCCGAGAGUUGAUUCUCCAAAGAUGUAAAGAAGUGGAGAAAAAUGCUAUAGAACAAGCAACAGAUAAUGCAAUUUUAGAUCAGUUGUGCAAGAUUGUUAAAGUUGACAUACCUCAAUCGUUGUUUGAAGAACAAGGCCGACAGCUCUAUGGAGCCAAACUUUUGCAGUUACAAGCAGAACGGAAGCUAGAUGAAAACCAGCUGGCAUCCCUUUUAAGUGAAAAGACAGUCAAGGAAUACCUCGAAAGCGAGAGGGAGAAUAUCUCGAAAAUCAUAAAACAAAUGUUGGCAGUUGGUGAGAUUUUCAAAUGUGAAAAUUUGCAGUAUUCGACAGACGAACUUGUUAAGGAAGUCGAGAACUCCGUGGCGGAGUUCAAACACCAUAAUCAAGAGUACGACGAGGAACGUGUUAAACAGCAGGUCCAGGAUGUUCUGGAGGGGGCAAAGGUGCUCGAAUGGUUGCGAGAGAAUGCGGAGAUUCAGUAUGUACAUAGGUGAUAUUGUCGACAAGCUAUGUACAUAGGUCAAAUUCUAAAAUCCUUCCAACUACCGAAAUUAACUUUGUCGGUUGUUCCGUUUUUCUUGGAGUGCCUCAAUAACGAGAGAAUUAAUUGGAGUUGGAUCUGUUUGUGGCACAACAGUGGAUUCUGCUUCAUAACAGGGCAAAAUCUACAAUUGCACUUUCCCUGCUCUACUUUGUAGCUGUGUUACGAACGAUUGAAUCUGUAUCUGUAUUGCUAUGCAUGUUUAAAACACAAUCUUGGUUUAGCA